GAAAGGUAAAGACACCCAUCAACGGCCCUUUCUCUUUUCCUUCCCUUCCACAGACCUCCUCUGGGAUCACCGUACCAAAGCCCCCAAAACCUCCAGACAAGCCCCUGAUGCCUUACAUGCGGUACAGCCGGAAGGUAUGGGACCAAGUGAAGGCCUCCAACCCAGACCUGAAGCUGUGGGAGAUUGGAAAGAUUAUCGGAGGGAUGUGGAGAGACCUGACGGAUGAGGAGAAGCAGGACUACCUGAAUGAGUACGAAGCUGAGAAGAUUGAGUAUAACGAGUCUUUGAAGGCCUACCACAACUCGCCGGUGUACCUGGCCUACGUCAACGCUAAGAACCGGGCUGAGGCCGCGAUGGAGGAGGAGAGCCGGCAGAGGCAGACUCGUAUGGAUAAAGGAGAGCCGUACAUGAGCAUCCAGCCAGCUGAAGACCCUGAUGACUAUGAUGAUGGUUUUUCGGUGAAGCACACGGCAGCCGCUCGCUUCCAGAGGAACCACCGGCUCAUCAGCGACAUCCUCAGUGAAAUUGUUGUCCCCGAUGUCCGUUCCGUGGUCACCACCGCCCGCAUGCAGGUCCUGAAGAGGCAGGUCCAGUCCCUCAUGGUGCACCAGAGGAAGCUGGAGGCAGAACUUCUGCAGAUCGAGGAUCGCCACCAAGACAAGAAGAGACGCUUCCUGGAGACCACCGACUCAUUCAACACUGAACUCAAGAGGCUGUGCAGUCAGAAGGUGGAGGUGGACAUGGAGAAGCUGGCAGCAGAGAUGGCUGCUGCUGAGGAAGCGGCCAGGCGCCGGGCGGAGGAGAGGGAGCGGGAGGCGGCGGAGCAGGCGGAGAAAGCUGCUCAGCAGGCGCAGCAGCAGCAGCAGCAGCAGCAGCAGCAGCAGCAGCAGGAGGAGGCUGCCGGGAACAAAGCAGCAGAGCAGAGCAGCGAUAAUGCGAGCAGCACAGCUAAUACAACCUCAGGGACAAAGGAGGAGGACAAGCCCACACCCAUGGAGACAGAUGAAGCAGAGCCCGCAGAGCCCUCCUCCGAGCCCAAGCCUGCUCCACCUCCCCCGUCUGACCCCCCCUCUGAUAAAGCCUCGCCUCCCCCUGAGCCCCCCAGGGAGAGCAGCACCCCUGUGAGCAGUGACGACAGCAACAGCAGCAGCAUGCCCCCCCCUCCCUCAGACAGCGCCCCCGGAGCAGCAGCCCCUGAUCCCCCUGCGGCUCCGGAAGCAUCUAACCCCAACGCGGCGGCUCCUCCACCUCCUCGCCCCGCCUCUGAGGAAGGAACCCCUCCAACACCUAUACCUCCCCCCAGCCAGGGCAGCCAGCAGUAUGACGUGUAGCAGUCUGUAAGACACACAGUGGGAACUAUAGGACCCCUUGCGUGUCCAUCUUCACACAUCCUGUGAAUGAGGGUCUGAUGGUGUGGUUAAUAAACAGUUAGCAUGCCUUUCAUGCUCCAGCCUCGUGAAGGGGGGGGUGGCGGGCAAGGAAACCCUGUGAAUUUUUCAACAUUAAUCCUCACACAUAGAUUCUCACAUCUAAGAGAGGCUAUUUUUUUUUGGUAAUUUGAGUGAAAUAUCAAAAAUCAGCUCGCUAAAUCUCUUCAUUGAAUCACUGCUACAGCGGUCACGUGUUUCAGAAUACAUCUGUAGUUCAAAUGUGAAGCUCCCACUGUGUAGACUGUACUGUUGGCUGUGGCUGAAACACUUCUCUCUAUAGUCUAGUUGACCGCUCCCUAUUGUGAACCCGGAAAUGUUAAGUACCACACAGCCUUGAUGAUAACUAACUGCUAACUUGCAUAUGUUGGGCAAUUUGCACACAUUUGCAUGCAGACAAUCGGUUAGAAAAUGGCUUGCCCAUUCUGGACAUUUUCAUGAUCAGCAAAGGCAGUUUUAACCAGAAAAUGGCAAUUUACUCUCCGUAAAUUUUGAUUAAAUUUGGGUUGUUUUUUGAAGAUCUAUGGGACUCUGGAUCAUUUGGAUUGGGCAGGUUGCUUAUGUAUUUGAAAGAUAAUUGUCCCCAGUAGAGGUUAUCGUUCUCUUCUUGUGCUCUCUAUUUCCACUGGUCGCAGCACUUCUCAUGGUAGUCAAGAUCAGCCCAUCGGGGGCACAAAGAUGGCAGAAAUUGUAUCCUCAAUCACCCCUAAAAAAAACAUUGGGGAAUGCUAGAAUCGGCAGAGCCAUUUUUGUACUAUUUUCCACAUAAUGCAAUUGAAUGAAACUGAUGCUAAAUGUGCAAGUUGCCCAACAUGCGAGUUAGCAUCUGUCAGUUUCUUUGUUCUGGGGACCCAUGCUAUUCGUUUCUAAAAUAACACUUUGGGAUACCCAACAUUUCCCGGGUUCACACUGCUGACAGGAAGACAGAUAUGGCUCAGUGUUGAUGUAUAAACCUUUAAAUCAGCCCUUGUAGUUAACUUCAAUCUGCUGCAGCGGUGGAGGGGUUCAUCACUCUGAUCAGAGUCUGAAUCUCAGCGUACGGUAAAGGACACC